CCCUGCCCGGCGAAAAGUGUACAAAUUGUUCCGUGACCGCAGUCCGUUGGAGGGAGUCGAUCGAGGCGGUCCCAUAAUCUUCGCCCGAACAAUCAAAUUCAACUAAAUAAAUAACAAUUAUUCUCGGCAAACAGUAUGUUCUGCUGCUUAUCAACAUUCCUGGCCUACGUUGGGCUCUAUGCCCUGGCCUCAUAUCUGUACGAGCAGUUGCGAACGCCGUUUAGAUUGCUGAAACUCAGGUAUUUCGGUGAUCCCAGUCAGAGGCCCACGCUCAAGGAACGCUAUGGGGACUGGGCAGCCAUUACGGGUAGCAGCGAUGGCAUUGGCAAGGAGUAUGCCAAGGAGCUGGCCAGGCAGGGUAUCAAUGUCGUCCUCAUCGCCAGGAACGAAGAGAAGCUUCAGGCGGUUGUGAAGGAAAUAGAAAGCGAGAGUAAAGUGCAGACCAAAAUCGUGAUUGCUGACUUUACCAAGGGCUCGAAGGUCUAUGAGCAUAUAGAAAAGGAACUGGCCGAUGUACCCAUUUCUAUACUAGUUAACAACGUAGGAAUUGGCUCUCCAAGUUCCGUCCUGAAGUGGACCCAGGAAUCCACCCAGGACAUCAUUGAUACCAAUGUGGUGGCCGUGUCACAGCUGUCCCGCAUCUUCUUCCAGCGCAUGAAGGCGGAAAAGAUUAAGGGCGCCAUCGUUAAUGUGAGUUCCGGAACGGAAAUGCAGCCUUUACCCUACGCCGCCUACUAUGCCGCCUCGAAGGCGUUCAACCGUAGCUUUACUCUGGCUCUGCAUGCUGAGGCAAAACCCUUUGGAAUCCAUGUCCAGCUUCUGUCCCCCAACUUUGUGGUGACCAAGAUUAACUCGUACUCCAAGACGAUCAUGAAGGGUGGCCUCUUCAUUCCCACGGCAGAGUCUUUUGCCCGGAGUGCGGUGAAUCAGUUAAGAGACGGAGUGGAUGAGACCCCGGGACACCUGUGGCAUCACGUUCAGAAUGCUGUCUCUACUGCUUUCCCCUGGCGGAUUCGUCUCUUUAUGGCCACAAAGAUUUUCUCCCUUAUGACGGACAAAAAGAAGAAGUAAAAUUUAAUAGUUUUGAUGUUGUAAAUAUGUAGCCUUGAAGCAAAUAA